UCUAGAUAGGUAGAUCUUCAAGUAUUUCUAAUAUUAUAUGUAUCUAAUGUCAAUAUGCUGUUUUUAAUAACUGAAAGCAAUAUACUCACAAGUUAGGAUUGUACCAGUGUACCUCUUUAGUGAUGCUCGCUGCCGCCUAUGUCUGGUGAAGUGCUCUCAAAGUUUCUAGAAAGUAUGGAAUUCCCUAUUGACGCAGAACAACAUUACACGUAUUAUAUAUAAGCGCAGCUAUUGUGCAUAACUUUAUUAUGGAUAGACAUGUGGACAAAUAACAAUGUCUAAUUCCAUAAAUGAUAUGUUAGAAACAUAAGUACACAGAUUUUAUUUGGCAUUAUGUUCACCUUAAUACAAAAGUAACAACAUUUUCCUUAUCUUACUAAAAUGUCGAUGACUAUAAUUUGCUCAUUUAGGACGUCGCUCCGCCCCCUGUGUUUGUCGUAAACCUGGCUCCUGGCUACAAUAAACCCGAGCUAUGAGCACCCAGGGCUCGCCUCCUUCUCCAAGGCGAUCAAUCGGAUCGCAGGCGUACUACAAGCACUCUCUUACGUAGCCAUCCACAAGGAGAGAGCUGAUACAACAACACGGUUGAUCUGCUCAACAAAAUCUACCUGCUUUCUGAACCAUGUCGUUGAGCCCAAAACAUACAACGCCUUUCUCAGUGAGUGAUAUUUUGAGUCCUAUCGAGGAGACCUACAAGAAGUUUAGUGCCAUGGACGGCGCAGGGAACCUAACCUCUCCACUGGGAGCUUACCGACAGCCUCAGGUGUCCCAGACUGGCAUGCAACAGCACUCCAUGGGCCACAACGCCACCGUGGCCACCUACCACAUGCCACACACUGUCUCCCAGUUCUCGCACAGCGCCAUGGGGGGAUACUGCAAUGGGAGCAUUGGCAACAUGGGAGACCUUCCGUCGUACCAGGAAACCAUGAGAAAUAGCGCAACAGCCACAGGGUGGUAUGGCGCAAACACGGAUCAAAGAUAUUCAACAAUUUCUAGAUUCAUGGGACCUUCCACAGGUAUGAACAUGACUGGAAUGGGGACCCUGACAGGCAUGGGGGACGCCUCCAAGUCCAUGCCACCCCUGCACGCAGCGCCCAGGAGGAAACGACGGGUACUCUUCUCCCAGGCUCAGGUGUAUGAGCUAGAGAGGAGAUUCAAACAACAGAAAUACCUCUCAGCGCCAGAGCGGGAACACCUGGCCAGUAUGAUCCAUCUGACCCCGACCCAGGUCAAGAUCUGGUUCCAGAACCACAGGUACAAGAUGAAGCGACAGGCCAAGGACAAAGCGGCGCAGCAGCUGCAGCAGGACAGCAGCCUGUGUCAGCAACAACAGUCGCCGAGGCGCGUGGCAGUGCCUGUUCUGGUGAAGGACGGUAAACCAUGUCAGAACGGCUCCAACACACCAACCCCAAACCAGCAGCAGGUACAGCAGCAACAGCAACAGCAACAGCAACAGCAACAGCAACAGCAACAGCAACAGCAACAGCAACAGCAACAGCAACAACAGCAGCAGCAGCAGCAGCAACUGAACGGUUCUGGGGUCGUGCUCCCCGCUUCCAGUAAUGCCAUCAAUCAACACCAAAACCAUCAGGUCAACUCAUUAGUUCAGGCCCAAGACCUGGAGGAGAUGUCACCUAGCCCUCCUUCACUCCAUAGCCAGAUCAACAUGGCGCAAAUAGACACUUCUGUUAUAGACUACACUAAUAACAUGGUCAGUUCCAACCUCCUCUACGGCAGAACUUGGUAGGACCUACUGUCAUUUACAAUUUUUACAUGUUAACCCGCGGACGAGCCCAAGAGAAAACGAGACAUAUCAUGUUGAUAUACAUAACUGUGCGAAAAUGGAGCCCUUGGUGUCUGAGAGGACAACGCGCUCAGGCGCACCAGCUGGUCAGGGCACAUUUUCUUGACAUUUCUGAAGAGGAAGACUAUUUUUGAACAUUAAACGAAAUUGCUACCCUUGAAAUAGAUUGUGUCGUUUCUGUACCUUUUCUAAUCAAUGUGAUGGACUUCCUCAUGAUGUUAACGUUGUCUAUGUUGUUGAACGGGAAUGCUGCUGCACAUUAAGGGGACUAGGGAAAAGUGAGAUAGUUGGGAUCAGGUAUGAACUCUCUCAAGGUACUAAACCACCACUUCUUUGCAGUGAUAACCUGGUAUUUGAUGCUAUUAAUAUUGUAAACUAAUGUAUUAAUUUAGACUUAAAGAAAGUAGGAACUGUAUAUUUGGCUAACACACGAGAAUGCGUUUACCUGUAUGCUUGUUUUAAGUCGACUUUUUUGUUAUCUUUCUUCUUUUGUCAAAACGAACAAAUGCGUGAUGGCUGCUGUACAUGUUUCAAACCAAUUGAACGUUAACAAUAAAUCACUUGAAGUGCGA